ACACCCUCUGAUCUGCUCUCUCCUAUCAAAUUAAACCCUCUCUCUCUGAUCUUUCUCUCAAUUCAAACACUCUCUCCAUUUCUUCAAUUCCCCUCUCAGCUAAAACAUCUAACAGUUUGCUGGUUUUGAUUGCGUCGUCAUAACUCGUGACAAAUAAUGGAUACAGCUGGGAAUUUAUCAGAUUUCUUUGAGGACUCGGAGUUCGCCCGCGACGACAUCUUCGGAAUCCUUGAAGGUUUGGAUGAUGUUUCCGACUUUAACCAGAUGACACCAGCGUUUUCCGGUGAAACAGCCGCCGGUGGUGGGGUUCGAGAGUUAUCUGAGGAGACUGAGGUAGAGGGUUCAUUAUCACCACCGAGGAAUUGCAAGAGACAGAAAACUAACGGCGGCGCGGUUCCUGACGACGUUAACCCGUCGUCGGAUGAACAACAGCCUCGGAUGUCUCACAUAACGGUGGAGAGGAACCGCCGGAAACAGAUGAAUGGCCAUUUAUCCGUCCUCCGCUCCUUGAUGCCUUGCUUUUAUGUCAAAAGGGGUGAUCAAGCAUCAAUAAUUGGAGGGGUUGUGGACUACAUAACCGAGUUGCAGCAGGUUGUUGAAUCUCUAGAGGCCAAGAAACAAAGAAAAGUUUACAAUGAAGUUCUUCUAAGUCCAAGAAAACCAGGAUUAUUGAGUCCCAGAAUAAGCUAUCCCAUCAGCCCCACAACGCCGCAACCGACAACUACCUCGUACAACAGGCAGCCGCCGACGGUUUCAGCCGCCAUUGCCGCCUGCCAACUUAUCGAGCCGCCGUCGUCGUCUUCUUGCUCUCCGGCCACUACUUCCUCCUCCUCCUCCGUGGACAGCGCCAACGAGCUGGCCGCGAAUUCCAAGUCGGAGAUUGCGGAAGUGGAGGUGAAGUUCUCCGGCGAGAAUGUGGUCGUGAAGACGGUGUCUCCUCACAUUCCCGGGCAGGCCGUGAAGAUCAUUUCUGCACUUGAGGAUCUCUCCCUCGAGAUCCUCCACGUCAGCAUCACCGCCAUUAAUGACCACACCAUGCUUAACUCCUUCACUAUUAAGAUUGGGAUUGAAUGUCAACUCAGUGCGGAGGAUUUGGCUCAACAGAUUCAGCAAACAUUCUGCUAAUGAUUAUGAAUGCUGUCACAACAACAACAUUAAACUACAUAUAUAUGAUUGCUCCAUCAUAUCAUGUCGGCAUCCAGUUUAUAUAUGCCCAUAUAUAUAAAUAUGUAACUUAAUCUUGUUUUGCUAAGAAUAGAUAGGGCUGCAGGCUUUCCCAAUAGAUUAAAUUAGUUGUAGAUUUUGUCCAUUGAUUAAUCCUAAUUAAUUAUGUGUUCACUGUCGUCUGUCAUUGGUUAACUUCUUGUCUGCUUCCUUUUUUUUUCUUUUUU